ACGCCGAAUGGGUGCCUCCGAGGUGUCGUGCUCCUCCCGCGCGCUGGGCGGCACCAGCGGGCAGGGGCCGCCGGGGAGCGGCGGUCUGGGCACCUCGCCCCCGCUGACCGUGGCCGACCUCUGCAGCACCCUCUGCUCCGCCCUGCAGGCGCUGGUCCGCCAGGAGAUGGAGUUGGCCCGGCAGGGCCAGGCGGAGGCCGCGGAGAGGCGGGAGGAGAACAUGCGCAGGUUGCUGGCCGAGAGCACCGCCUCCUGGCCGCGCUGCUGCAGGCGGCGGAGCCCCGGGCGCGGCCCCCGGGCCCGGAGGCCGCCGGGUACUCCCUGA